GACUUGACACAGGCAUGUAUUUAUUUUGAGGAGGUGAAUCACUUUUGUUUCACUUUAGUCCAGUCAGUGUAAGGUGCAGUGAACUGAGAAGUGAACUGAGACUUGCCACCAUGCAGAGAGCUGUUGUGUUGAUCUUUAUGGCCUGCUGUGCUCUUUCAGCCCUCUCAUUGGCCAAAGAGAAAUACAAACCUUCUUCAUCUAUGGCACCAGCACAUGGAUUCACAAACGUACCUACCACCACUAAAAUCCCAAAGCCACCCACCACCACCACUACAACUGCAACUACCCCCCCAAAAAGUACAAAGGCAACCACCACCACGGCUACAACCGUAACUACCACCCCUAAAACUACAAACGCAACCACCACCACGGCUACAACCAUAACUACCACCCCUACAACUACAAACGCAACCACCACCACGGCUACAACCAUAACUACCACCCCUAUAUCAACCACCACAGCUCCUACUCCAACCCCCCCCACCAAUGUGACUGUGGGAAACUACACUGUACUGACCAGCGAUGGCAAGCUCUGCUUGAUGGCUACCAUGGCAAUACAGAUACAACUUGUUUCACAGAAGGCCACUGGUAACUUCACCAUUCAACCAAAGCAGACCAGUGCAUCUGGACACUGUUCCAAUUCCAAACCCAAUGCCGACCUCACCCUUACCUUCAAACAGGGCUCAAUCACCUUCCACUUCAACAAGAGCGUUGCUGAUGGCACGGUCUUUGUUGAUUCUCUCUCCUUCAGCGUGAAUUACCCUUUAACGAAUGCCGGAAUCAGUGCAGGCCAUACACCAUACACCGCCAGCAACAGCUCGCUCCAUCUGUUCUCCGCAAAGAUUGGGCAUUCCUACUCCUGCAAGACUGAAUCAAUCUACAUGGGAAAUAACUUGUACCUCAGCGUUGAGAAGAACAAGAUGCAAGCAUUCAACUUCUCUAGCAAUGAUUUUGGCAAGCCUGACCCCUGUCCUGCAGAUCGCUCUGAUUACAGUGUCGCCAUCGCGGUGGGAGUGACCCUGCUGGUGCUCAUUGUUAUUGUGUUGGUGGUGUACCUGCUGGGCCGCAGAAGAAGAGCGGCUGGUUACCAGUCUCUGUGAGGAAGGUCAACUAAAGGUCUGGGAAAUUUAUGGGGCUAAGGAACUUCCACUGAGGUCUUCCCUGACAGGUUUCUGGUGUUGUUUUUGUCAUUUACUGAUGCUAAACUUGUUUAAUACCAGGGCAUUUGUUGGACUUCCAACUACAAGUAACAUUAAAUUUAUUUUUAAAUUUUUAGAUAUUUUUCAAAUUGUUGAGAUCAAACUCUGUAAAGACUCAGAAAAUAAAUGUUCAGAGACAUUCGGUCCAGUUUUUGUGCACACUCAGGCACAAUACUGAAUAUAUAGAAGUCUAUCCAUUAAUAUCGUCGGAUUAGGCCUGUAGUCAGCUUUAUAAAUCGACACUGAUCCAUCAAAACUGAAUGGGAAAAAACCUGGUACAUAUUAUUAUCGUUCUCUAUUCACCCAAAGACAAACACCGACUACCCAUCCAAAUGGUUUAUACGAAUUAGGAAGGUCAGGCUGAGGUGAUCAGGAUCAGCCCAUGUCAACAGAUUACAACGUGUGCAUAUUAGUCAUUAAUAGUAACGAGAACAGUGACUCGUGUGAAUAACAUUGAGUGGAUCUUUGUCUCCUUAAACUUAUUUUUAUUUUAAACAAUUCACAAAGAAAACUGCCAAAAAGAAGAGAUCCAGAUGCUGUUGAGCCCUGUGGCGUCUGACGUGGGUCUCCUCCGUGUCUGUUGGUGUCUCAGUUGCUGCAAACAUCCAGAGGUUAGGCGAAGUUAGAGACGAGCCUUUGGUUCAAGGGCCAUUUCUGAAUUAGAUUUCAGAUUUCAGAUUUAUUGGCCAAGUAUAAGUACAUUUACAAGGAAUUUGUCUUCGGUAGAGGUUCGCUCUCUAAAACAUACAACAACCACAAUAAACGAGAAUAAAAAUACCUAAAAACACAUAAGAACAUGUACACCCACACACAUGUUCAUUUACACACACACACAUAUAUACAUAUAUACAUAUAUACAUAUAUACAUACCCACACACGCACGCACGCACCCACGCACGCACACACACACACACACACACACACACACACACACACACACACAGCCUGUGGCCACCUGGUUUUAAAUUCAUAUUCUCAAAGGCGUUGAAAGGUGAGUUACUGUAUUUUUAUUGUUGAAGUUUGUUUCUCCCAAAGAAAAUAAACACUUCGUAGUGAUCAGGUAACAUUUUACUCUGUUUUUAGUUAAGAAAACAUGUAUAAUGCAGACACAUUUUCACCUUUUGAUAUGAUCUGGCCUUAGCCCACAUCAGGCUGACGUGUAUGUGGUCCAACAGACAAAUCCAGUACCAUAGAUUUAAAUGUCUCUUUAGUCAGGGUGUGUUUUGGUGUUGUUCACUUUUGCACUAACAGUACGAGUGAUUUACCUUGAUUGUGUUUGUAAUCAACUUAAAGGGAUAAUGAAGAGAUUUGGAAGUGAUUAUUGAUUAAUAUUCAUUAACUGCACUGAUGACUAUUGUUUUUGUUUAUCUCUUAGCUUGAUGAUGCUGUUCUCUGGUACCUCUGUGGCAUCACUGUCUGUUUCUCAUGAAGGAAAAGUUACUGAAGACUACAUAUAAUGACUAAAUACAACCAUAGUAACCGCAUUCUGUCUGUGCUUAUUGAGUCAGGUCAUUUUCUCCAAAAAGGACUUUUCCAUUCACAGUUUAGCCUGGUCUCACCUUCACAUGGUGUCCAUCAUGUAGCAGUACCAACAAGAGGGACAGAAGCUUGUUAUUAGCUGUUUUGGCAAAUAAAAUCUAAUGUUUCUAAA